UGUCUAUUAAAUAAUUUAGCAGCGAAAACUUUCGUCUACAAUUUUCCCUGAAUCUUUAAUCAUCGAAAUAAUUGAUAGUCUUUUAUCUAAGCUACUAUUUCAUACGAUAUAUUGCAGCUGGCACAAGCUCUCUGUAGGAGCAACAACAUAAGUAAACAGAGAUGGAGAGACAGAGAAAGCGUGUUGAAGGAGUGAGGGAAGGUUAUGAGAACAUCGAGUAAUAGAUAGUGAUCGGGUGAUCUUUCUCAUUCUUGUUUAGCUGAUGCAGCUUGUUAGUCGGUGCAGAACGUAUACGGAUAUCUAUAAUAUCUACAAUUCCUGUGCCAGUUUAUGCAUUCUCGAAUCUCUAAUAAUCAAUUAUAAUUAAUCAGUGCCCUACGCUACUCUGGAAAUAAUGUCUAAGAUAAUAUUUAUGGGCCACUUGUUAUUUUUACUACUGACAUUCAUAGUUGUUUUUAGUUAUAAUUAUACCGACAUCGAUCUGCCAGAAGAUCAGCUCAAAUAUUAUUUCAAUUCAUUUCCCAAGUUAGCGGAAAUGUGUCGCAAUGACAGCUCGUGUCCAUAUAAGAAAUAUUUAGAUACUAAAGCAUGUUGGGGAUAUGAAGAAGGUUGUAGGAAGGAGGAUUCCUAUUCCAUUCCACAUUGUCCUGGAGAUCAUAAGGGUUGGGUCGCUACAAAAAAGGCUCAACUGGAUACAUUUUAUGCUCAGGGAGAUUUUGGUUACAUUAAAGAUCAAAGAAGAGAGAUGAUGAUUCUGUGCGAGCCUCUUUUCCUUGAUGAUUCAUCGUUGGAAUGCUCUGAGCAUAUGAGAUUCUGUCGAGGUAGAAACAUUAUGCUUAAUUUCACCGACCUCCUGCAUAGAAAGGAACCAAUUCGAUACAAGAUGGAUGUCCUGAAGGAGGGACAGAUCGGCGGUUAUUGCACACUGAACGAGCAGAGGCUGCGGAUUCAUGGGGAUCACUUGAGUCCAUUACAAUCCUGGGCCCCGGAGAUACGAAACUUUGCUCGACUACCUCGUCAACCGAUUCCUGCUGGUGACUGCGACGUCAUAAUUGAGAAACCGACAUUCAUUAUGAAGAUUGACGCAACAGUUAACAUGUAUCAUCACUUUUGCGACUUUUUCAAUCUGUAUGCGUCACUUCAUGUAAAUCUCUCACACGACUCUAGCUUCACUACGGAUAAUCAAAUUUUAAUUUGGGAGAGUUACAGUUAUCAAUCAGCUUUUCAAGAUGCUUUCUUAGCAUUUACACGUAAUCCACUUUGGGAUCUGAAAACAUUUCGUGGAGAAACUGUAUGCUUUAAGAAUCUUGUGUUUCCUUUACUUCCUCGUAUGAUUUUUGGACUUUAUUAUAACACACCUCUAAUUUAUGGCUGUGAGAAGAGUGGACUCUUCAGAGCUUUUGGACAUCAUAUAUUACACAGAUUACGAAUUCCUCUUCAUCAAAGAAAAACUCCAAAGAUUCGUGUGACUCUUCUCAGUAGAGACACACAGUAUAGGCAGAUAUUGAAUGAGGACCAAUUAGUCAAGGCUCUACGAGAGAUACCUCAUUAUAAAGUGAAGAAAGUAGUUUACAAUAAACAUCUGUCCUUUAGAAAACAACUUGAAAUUACACGAAAUUCGGAUAUUUUUAUUGGUAUACAUGGUGCUGGUUUAACGCAUCUUAUGUUUCUACCUGAUUGGGCUGCUAUUUUUGAACUAUACAAUUGCGAAGAUCCUAGUUGCUACAAGGACUUGGCUCGAUUACGUGGUAUUAAAUAUUUCACGUGGGAUAAUGCCGAGAAAUUAGUACAACAAGAUCCGGGCACACAUCCUGAUGGAGGUGCUCACGCAAAAUUCACCAACUAUAGUUUCGAUGUUGAUGAAUUCUUACGGAUAGUCAUCCUAGCGGAGAAGCACGUGAAGAAUCAUCACGCUUUCAUUGAAUUUACUAGAAAAAGGGACGAGGAAGAUAAUAAUGAAGACAAACAGUCAUCGACAAAUCAUUCCCUGACAAAAGACGAGCUUUGAUAUUAUGCACAUCUAUUUGCUAGAUACAGCCAACGAAUGAUUCUUCUUUCUGCAAGUUACCAUAGGAAAAUCAUCAGAACUUAGUAAAUAAAUUUCAAAAGUUUUAACGAUAAAAGGUCUUGUAACCGGAAACAGUUACCAAACGCUUUUAUAAAACUUUAUGUACAAAGGUAUUUCUUCAGAAAUAUCAGACUUCAUUCCAUUAGAAUUUUAUUUGAAUUUUGUAUUUAUAAAGGACAGUUACGACGAGUAGAUUAAUAAACAUAUAAAGGAUGAGAAUUUGAA